ACAGCACUUGGUCCAGUCUAUUCCACGUUGCAGAGAGGUUUCUGUUAAAUUUCGAGGUCAAGAACAACAAACUAGAAAAAGCCUUUUACAAAAUAAGGUGACCUGAAUUUUGGAGACGCUUGCGUAUAAAAUAGGCAUAGCCGUUUCAAAGCGGAAUUAUAGACAUUACCCUACAGCUUUGUAGGUGGUUGAGAAGGUCACAUACUCCGUUUUAGUGUUUUGGUAUCGCAAUGCAUUCGCGCAGCUUACCUGUCGGAAUUCCAAAAUGGGAAAAGUAUGUUCGCGUUUUACUUUGCUGUUUAGGUUUUGUUCUUUCAGUUUACGCGUUACACGUAGAACUGUCCCGGGAGAACAACCCAGAAUAUCGUGCGAUGUGCGAUCUGGCCGAAUCAGUCAGCUGCUCUAAGGUCUUCACUUCAAGGUGGGGGCGUGGUUUUGGACUUGUACAGCUCUUUGUUGGAAAGGACAGUGCUCUUAACCAACCCAACAGUCUGCUGGGCAUCAUUUUCUACAUUCUACAGCUAGGCCUGGGUCAGAUUGCAUCCAGUAAAGCAGCACUCCUUUUGGUAAUGAUGUCCUGUUUUUCGGUAGUCGGCUCUGUAUACUUGGCUGCUAUUCUGGUUCUGGUGCUGGGAGACUUUUGCGUUGUAUGUGUCUCAACCUACAUUAUCAACUUUGCUCUCUUGUACACCAACCUGAAGAGGAGGACAGGGCUCAAGGGAACACUGAAGAAAGAAAAGACUGGAUGAGAAAUAUGAGGAGGGUCCAGUUUAUCUCUCGGUUUCUCGUUUGCAUGCUGUCUGUGUGUAUAAAAGAGAAGUAGAUACAGCCCUUAUUGAGUGAUAGUAGAAUCCAAACAGCCCUAGAUUAAUCCCUCUUAGUUAAAGGAUGAAUGAGCCAUACAAAAAUAACUAUGAUUAACCAACUUGAUUACAAAUGAUAGAGCAAGGUUUUUAAAAUGAAAGGACCCUAAUUACAAUAAUUUCCUUCUGCUGAAAUAACUACAUUAUAAGCUUUCAGUGCACUAUUUUUGUCAUUAGUAUGAUAAGAACUAGAUCACACUGUUUCAUCAAAGGACAGGCAAUGUGAGUAAUCUGAUGUAAUAUUAUAUUUUGUUUAUUUGAAUAAAGAUGUAUUGUAAUAA